CGUGUGCGUGCGUGCCAUGUUACUGUGUUGUGCUAUGCUGGACCCAGUGAAUUAUUACGAAAGCAAAUGUUGAAAAUAAAGUUUAGUGAGAACGGGCAAUGGUCUGCGAUGUGGAGUUAUGUAAUGGCCGCAGCGAGAGGUGACUCGCGACACCGUCCAGGUUCAAUUUUCACGGUGCACUCGGCCAGCGCGGUCCCAUCUGGAGGCCCUUGUCGGGAUGGCCUUAACUCGUCCUUCUACGGACGAGGAGACAGGCCCGUGCGUCAGGCAACUUAUCCACCAUAUUUUCGAGAUUCCUUUAAAGACAAUGAUAUUCUACACGAAAACCAAAUUAAUAAAGUUAAUGCAAUUGCGGACGAAGAAGCUGGUACCGGUGCACCAGCAGAAGUGAAAAUCGCAAGUCCGUUCCAGUCUCCGAAACACCAUCAAUGUGACCGAGAAACAACAACCAACCAUCAGUGGUUGAUGGUAGUCUCAUUGGCUGUACUAUACAACGUGAUCUUUGUAAUUGGAAGAGCAGUAUUCUGGGAACUGAAUAACGCGGUACCAUUGCUAUGGUGGAUUCUGGACUACAUCUGUGAUUCAAUUUAUUUUUUAGAUAUACUCAUUCGAGCUCACGAAGGUUAUUUGGAACAAGGUCUGCUAGUGACUAAUCCUCGUAAGCUUCGCAAAAACUACUUUUCCAAGAAGAAAUGGCGUUCGGACUUUCUGUCCCUUAUUCCCACAGACUUGGCCUAUUUCUGGCUGUCCCCGUACGAUUGUUACGCGAAGGUGCCGUGUGCAGUGAUAGUGAGAUUGAACAGGCUUUUGAAAUUGCCGCGCAUGUGGGAGUGGUUCGAAAGGACAGAGACGAACACGAACUAUCCGAAUGUGUUCCGGAUAUGCAAAGUGGUGCUGGCCAUUUUGGUGCUCAUUCACUGGAAUGCUUGUUUGUAUUUUGCGAUCAGUUACGCCAUCGGUUUCGGUACCGACAAUUGGGUUUACAAUAUAAACGGAACGGUGAAUUCCACCCUUACAAGACAGUACAUUUAUAGCUUCUAUUGGUCCACCUUGACGUUAACCACAAUCGGAGAAACACCUGUGCCUGAAAACGAUGCAGAAUAUCUGUUUGUGGUGGCCAACUUUUUAGCUGGGGUCCUAAUAUUCGCUACCAUCGUUGGGAAUAUUGGAUCGAUGAUUUCGAACAUGAAUUUGGCCAAGGUGGAUUUUCAAAAUAGGAUGGACGGAGUUAAACAAUAUAUGGCUUUUAGAAAAGUUGGCAGGGAUCUGGAGUCUCGCGUAAUCAGAUGGUUCGCCUACACUUGGGAAGAAAGCGGCGCCCUGGACGAGGAACGAGUUUUAUCAGCACUUCCAGAUAAACUAAAGGCUGAAAUCGCGAUUAAAGUUCAUCUCGAUACGCUUCGUAAAGUUCGCAUAUUUCAGGGAUGCGAACCAGGACUUUUAGAGGCUCUCGUACUAAAAUUAAAACUCCAGGUCUUCUCCCCGAAGGACUACAUCUGCAGAAAGGGGGACGUGGGCAAGGAGAUGUAUAUAGUGAAACGUGGGCGCUUGCAGGUCGUCGCUGACGACGGGAAAACAGUUCUGGCGACACUCGGAGCAGGGUCAGUAUUCGGUGAAGUGAGUGUCCUAGAAAUCGCUGGAAAUCGAACAGGAAAUCGACGAACGGCUAAUGUCAGAUCACUCGGAUAUUCGGAUUUGUUCUGUCUAGCCAAAGAAGACUUAUGGCAAACUCUUGCCGACUACCCAGAGGCAAGGGCAAGUUUAAUGGAAAGAGGUUGUCAACUUUUGCGUAAGGACGGCCUUCUGGACGAGGAUGUGUUCAAAAGAGCUAAACAAGAACAAGAGUCUGUGGAGCAAGCCAUGAAAAGACUGGAAUCGACCGUGGAAACUUUACAAACGCGAGUUGCCCGGCUUUUGGCCGAGUUUACAGCCAGUCAGGCGAAACUUAAGCAACGGCUUACUAGGAUAGAAAUAAGGUCCCAUAAUAAGGACGAUGAAGCCCAAGACAUUUUAUCGGCCCCUUCCACGAGGAGGAGACUUCGUUCGUUGGACGUGAGAAGACGAAACUCAAAUUUUGACGACAUAUCCCGUCACAAGACGAUGUAGCAAUGCCUUAAGAAAAUAUUUCUAGUGCAUUGUUUAUUUAUCAGAUUAACUGUCACUGUACAUGUAAGUACUUAAAGCACAAAUAUACAUUAUUAUUAAUACUAAUUUUAAGUGAGAGUGAAACAAAUCGGACGGCUUUAACCAAAGUGAAUUAAGCAACACCAGCGAUAGAUUAUUAAAUUUAAUCGUAUAUCUAUUGUCUAAAAGUAAAUCACCGCUAAAAUAAUUAAUUUUACAAUUAGGCAAUUUUUUGCAAAAUUAAUUU